CAGUGGAAGAAAGAAUACCCUCCCCCCGUCCUGCAUACUCCCGUCGUGCCGCGCGUUGCAACGUCCCAACCCGUCGGCCACGGCAAAGCAUGCCAUCACGCUAGCCGAUGCAUCGAACAAUCUUUUUUUCCUUUUUCUCUCUCUCUCUGACUCUCCCCCCUCCAAUCCCCCCACCCCUGCCUGCCUUGGAUGUGCCUAGUUCAAUACGGGCAUGGCCAGACAGCCCUACGGAACCUGCCCGUGUCAGCUUGUGCGGCUCUGUGGCCUACGGCGAGCCCGACGCGACCGCUGCGAGCCAGUCAGCCAGCCAGCCUGAGCCGACGGCAUGUUUGCUUUCUCCUUUGUCGUUUGGCUCUCUCGUGUUUGUGUCCCCUUUCGGCUACUCCGCACUCCGCACCCAGGUUGUCCCCCGGUAGGGCUGAAGCAGCCAAUAGCGGCUCGGGCAACCCGAUCCGAAUCCCUGCCAACCAGUCCCGGCCGGCCCCACCCACCGGGGUGCACCUUGGAAGACAUUGAUAGUCCAGGGCUCUAAACGAGCAACAUUGCCUCGACAAGUCGACCUCCCGAGAAACCCGCCCCUCCCAGCGGGAGUCAGACUCGAUCUUACACUUGGCGCUCAAUCGC